GGCCUGACCUGGUGCACCCCGGCAGGGAAACCUUGCACAAGUUCGCGAGAGUGUUGAAAGCGAGGCUUCUCGAAGUGAUGUCCAUCUCCCAGCCGCUGCGUAUUACCCGCGUGGCCGUGUUACCGCGACGCUCCGACCUCGUCAAUGUCUUGGCGACUCUGCUGCCCGAAGAAAAGACGGAAUACACAGUGGUGAAGGACGUCACCGUGGACGAGGCCCUACGGAGACUGAACGCAAGCAUUGAAGCUAACGACUUCACCAUCAACUUCAAUGUUGACGGCGUGUCCCCUUCGGUGUUCAAAGUGCGGCGCAUGGGUGCCCUUUCACCGACAAAACUUGCACCGCAAGGUCACUCAUCAGGAAGCAUGGCGGCUUUAGGCAUUAUGAUGCUGCUGCUUGGAGCUGCCAUUGCCGUCGGCGUUGUGGUGCUCGUGAUCCGGAGAUACCCCAAGAGCAACAUGACUACCAUACUUCUGAGAGAGCAGGCUUAAAGUGUUGGUGCUGUGCACCAAAUAAGAUAUCGUCAGCGCGUUUAUAGAAGAGAGCUGUGCUGAAUUGUCCCUUUUCUACAGUUUACGUUGUCUUCUCCUGACGGCGCUGCAAGCAGUUUUCCUGUCGCGUCACCUGGGGGCGUAAGCACAAUUUAGGGGCGGACGCAACUGCUUUAUAAAGUUGUAUUUUUGUAUUUAAAGAAACGUGAAAUUAAUUAGCGUUGUGUUUGGUCGCGACAGCUGCAGAACUUAUUCUUUCAUCGUGUGGUUGCCUGCUCUUACAGAGCACCGCAUUGAAUCAUUAUGCAACGUUGGGAUUGCUGGCAUUCCCUUCGACGAAAGAUUCCUUACAACUCAAGUCUACUUACUGUAAAAGCUGUUGACAUUAUUUUCUGGUGAUUAAAGAAGUGAAUCGGCACUUUACAUUGUCUAAAGCGUGCGAGAGUUAGCAGGCUCUAAACCUCACCGCGCACAGACCAUAAUUUGUGGCUAACAGCAAAGCCCCAGAGCGUCGUCUUAUUUCUAAGUUUAGGUUGCGUAUUCGCAGAUUCCCGCUUUACUUAUUCAUGUAUAAUACAUAAUAAUUUCGGGAAAGUCCCCGAAAUGAAGAUUUACGCAAAAAUAAAUUGACUGCCACACCUCCAGGCGACUAGUGCCCUAAUGAAAAGAAAAUACGCCUGGCCCCGCACCAUCCUCGGGACUUCUUCAAGACUAGCAGAGACCUCUACCAGUUGAAAUAUCCAGGAGCUAGCCGUCAGUAGAGCAAGCGGAUGUUGACAGUUGACACCAUGCAGUCUUGAUAGUAAUCACCGCAAGGGUGAGAUCAGAAGUUUUAUGAUUAGUUAUUAUGAUUUAGGGGAAGUCUCAGAGGUACCCAAUGUCACCAAUCGCCUAUAGGGGGCGCGCAUUGCGCCCCAAUGCAGGGGGAAGUCAAUUUAUUUAUGCGAUUCAUCUUUCUUCACUACACGCUGAUGGGCCUAACUUUCAAUGCCGUUGCAGUUUCAUCCAAUAAGAAACGCGGGGAAACCCCACUUCCGUCUUGCUCUGUCCUUCAGCAGUGUGCAGUUGGGGAUAACGGCAUACAUUAAAACGCCCCAGCGACAAAUAAGAACCACGAUAUUAAGUUUGGCUCCCUCCAUUCCAUAUAAUCGCGAAGAUGGUAAGAUCUGGCUCGAGCUCAGCCCACCAGUUAAACUAUAGGAACUCCAAGUUGGACACUCGGCGAGAAAGUCGACGAGAACGCCGACCACGGUGAUUGGCCAGCGCUGCGCUGGCAAAUCGCGGCUGUCGGCGAUCACGCUUUUUCCGGAAAUUAGCUUCGGAACAAGUUGCAUUGCACCGCCGUACGAUGCUGACGUCUGUGGCUACGGCAAAUGUCACGCUAGUAAGUGAAGGGGUGAAAUAAAAUAUUUAAACUUCGAA